CCUUUUCCUUCCACUCCAACAACUAAAAGCUCAUGGCGGACCUGCAGAACCAUGGAACAGCUCACAAAACCCUCGCAUGGGGAAUGUGCCUAUCCGAGAUGUCGUCCUCAUCUCAUCCGUGAUUGAGUCAUACGCAUCACCGAUCGCACAGGUUACAUACUUGUAGCCUGCAAUCCUGUUAGGCAUCAGCGCACUAGAGCACGCCCGAUACAGCCCGAAUCGAAAUGGGUUCGAUUCGGGCUGAUGAUAACGGGUGGAAUGUAAUUCUUUUGCGAAGAGUCGGGGUUGUUGUGUGACUCAACAAGGCUGAAAGACAGGCAGCACAGCGGCUCACAUCCUUUGCAUGAUGUUUCCCUUCCUCUUAGUGUUUUCGCUGCCUGCUGCGCUUGCUUGAUAAAACCAUCUCCUGCACUCCUGCAAGAUCACCCUUCUUCUGAUCAUCACUGCUCAUCUUUCUCAGCAACCGACCGGCGAAGAACCUCGCGAUCAAUGAGAAAAUUCUUGGGAGGGAAAUCAGCAUCUCCGUGUAUACUAAAUCAAACCCCCGAAGUCAUAGCUGUCCUGCAGGGGAAAUUGACUGAUCACUUUUCCGAUACUCCUGCCACGAUGGAACCAAGCAAGGACGAUACCGUCGCAAACUUGGAGAAAAUCGAUGGAGAUGGCCAGCAGCCCAGUGUGCCUGAUGUGGCUCCCGGGUCUAUCCCAGAAAUCAAAGCACUUUAUGCAAAACCAGACGCACGAGGAAGGGAUCAGUGGGUGACUCAGGAGCCAGCGGACGCCGGUGAUGCUGCCGAGAACAGCGAGACAGCUCGAUAUGCGUUCCUGGUGCGCAAGAGAAAGAGCUACGACAGUCGGAAGAAAUAUGAUGUCGACAGCAUCAUCGUUCAAAGCCCUUGGUUGAAAAAGUCUUUGGGUGUGAUUCUGGCGGGCUACCCCGGUAUCACCACUAACCUCAGUCGACUGGUAUUUCAAGCCCCGUUUCAUCCAUUCGGCCACCGCUGGGCCAAAUUCGAAGAAAUGCUGCAGAGGGAUGAUUUCGAGGAACCCAUGGCCAAGGAGCAUCUACAGCUUCUUCACGACGUACUUUUUGAAGAGCUGAAGAACGCCAUCGCUGCCAAAAUGGACCUCGUCAAAAACAAUGUCAUCGACUUCGAACACGCAUGGACCAUAUUUGAGCCUGGUGCUUUGAUCUACAGCGUCUCCGAUGGCAAAGAAUGUGUUCUCAAGCUCACCUCUUCCCAGACCCUGAUGGACCAGAGACGAGGACUCCGAUUCCUGGCACUGAGCGCGUGGGCCGUUGACUGGGAUGGCACCAAAUUCGGCCGGAAUGAAACUCAAGUCACCAAUUAUGAGUUUCCCGGGACAAACGCCAUCACGUCUCUGCGAGCAUAUCCCUUAGAAUUUCACCCUCAGAGAGAACAGCUCAUCAAACGUCUGACCAUUAGGGGCAGGCUCUUCGAACGAUUUGCAGGCUACCACUACCAAGCAUAUCAAGGUGUCGCUCUCGGGUAUGGACGUUGCGGCAUGAUUCGACACAACAUUGAGUCACGCAUCAUAAUUGAUUGUGAUGCUCACAACCGAUUCGUGCCGAACAGGGAGGUCAGUCUCUCACCCUUGACAACGAUGGAUAAGGCAGGCGCAGUUUCUCGCGUAUUGAUCAACGGUGACGAAGGAGAAGAUGAUGACGACUCCGACCUUGACAGAUUUGAUGAUGAGAACGAGUCGAACGUCAAUUAUACUCCUGACUCGGACGAUGACGACAACAGUUCCAGAUCGAAGUACAGACGUCUAGGCCCCGAAGAGCUCCUGCUGGCUGUACCAUACGUUCGAGGAUACGCCCUGAAGCCCAAGAUAUGGCUAUGGUUCUACGUUGAUCAAAUCGAGCCAAUCAAGUUUGCGGAGAAUGCGUUCACAUCCUUGGUGAUACCUUCUCAAGAGAAACAACUCAUUCGUGCAUUUGUGCAAUCCCAGGUGAAGUUUAAGGACGACUUUGACGACGUGAUCGCAGGUAAAGGCCGUGGUAUGAUCAUGUUGCUUGCCGGGCCGCCCGGUGUUGGGAAGACUUUGACGGCGGAAAGCGUGGCGGAGACUCUCAAGGUACCACUCUACAUGAUGAGUGCUGGUGAUCUUGGCCUCGACCAGGGUGGAAUCGAGGACUCGUUGAACCUGGUGCUGGACAUGGUGGCAAAAUGGAAUGCAGUCCUCCUCUUGGACGAGGCAGACGUCUUUCUCGAGGCGAGAGACUCGCAUGACCUCGAACGCAACAAGAUGGUGUCGAUCUUCCUGCGCCUUCUGGAAUAUUACAGCGGCGUGCUUUUCUUGACCACCAAUCGCAUCAGCAAUAUUGAUCCUGCAUUCCAUUCACGCAUCCACGUCACUGUCAAUUAUCCCAACCUGUCCGUCGAAUCACGAAAGCACAUCUGGCAGACAUUUCUGGGAAAGGAGAGCGCGGUCACGGAGAAAGACAUCGAUCACCUGUCACAGGUUGAUUUGAACGGUCGGCAGAUCAAGAACAUGCUCAAGACGGCCAGGAUGCUUGCUCGCAGCGAGGAACAAGAAGGUGAUAGCCAUGGUCAUGGGCAACGUGGUCAUGCAGUGGAGCUGCGACACAUCGAGACAGUGCUCGCCAUUGAACGAGGUGCGUCAUGGAAGUCAUUGGCGUGAAACACUCCGACCCCAUGCGACCAUGCAGGAAUGAGCAACGCAGGCUGCAUGGUGAGUUGCGCACCCAGUGUGACCUGUUGGGUGGUGAGUGGCAUCAGGCGGGGUUGAGUUUUCUGUUGUCAUACCGCUAUUUGGCCCCCAUAGGCAAAGAGUUAUGGUCAAAUCAUGCGUUGUCGGAUAUGACGGCCAGCGCUGUAGUUCUUCGCUUCUGCAAAGUGCGGAGUUUCAUGUCAUGUCAAAAACCUGGCUGUGCCUGCAUGGCGAUCGUUAGCGAACAAUUUUCCCUGCGUUCAUGGUCAGUGCGAGUGAUGCACAAGUGAACCUAUUUUUAAUGUCAA